AUGAAGGCCACGUUGAAGGGCAAGUACGACGUCGACAAAAACGGCGCCGCUUUCGCCACCGUCGCCGUCAACGCAGCCGACGUCAAGUUCCGUGCCUCCGUGACGGAAGCCACUUUCAUCAACGGCCCCAGCCUCACCGGCUUGGCUCUCGCCGUCGAGAAGCCUGGCUCCUUUAUCGUCGACUACAACGUUCCCAAAAAGGACUUUCGGUUCCAGUUCAUGAACACGGUUAGGGUUGGGGAGAGGGCGUUGAACUUGACCUACGCGCACAGCAGGGGGGAGAACCGGACUGUACUGGACGGGACUUUCGUGUUGGAUCCUGCUAAUAAGGUUUCGGCGAAUUACGCGCUGGACUCGGGGAGCUGCAAGUUGAAGUACAGUUAUGUUCACAAGGGGUUGACCACGAUUGAACCCACCUAUGAUGUGGCGAAGAACACUUGGGAUUUCGUCGUUUCGAGGAGGGUUUACGGGGAUGACACUUUGAGGGCGUCGUAUCAGACAUCCAGCAAGGUUUUGGGAGUUGAGUGGGCGCGGAAUCCCAAACACAAUGCUGGAUUCAAGAUUAUAGCAUCACUUAACUUGGCUGAGGAGUUGAAAGCUCCCAAACUUACUGCUGAAACCACAUGGAAUUUCGAGAUGUAG